UGUUUUUAAACAUUCCUCCUACAGCUCUCGUCAUGGCUUUGCGUCUGGCCCAGACUGCGGUGCAGAGGAGCGGCCGCUGGCUUCUGCCCUGCCCCGCUGCCCCAGCCCCAGCCAUAGUCUGCACCAGGGGGGCAGGAAGCACCCUUCCUUCCUCCAUUACCCAAUCAUCCGCCUCCCAGGGUAAGAAUCGGACCUCUGACGACCUCCCUAGGAUCAAAACCCGGGAAAUGUUGUACAGAAUGUUCGUCAAAGGUUACUACCACCGACUGCAUGAGCUGCAGUUGUAUGAAAAACAACUUUACGGACCCAUGUACGUAGUGGACACAGGUAGCUUUAACUCCAUCGCCCUCAACAGUGUGGAGCUUCUGGAGGAGCUACUAAGGAAGGACGAGAAGUUCCCCAGCAGAGGAGACAUGUCUCUGUGGACAGAGUACCGGGACCUCAGGGGCAUCAGCUACGGCCCUUUCACAGAGGAAGGGGAAAAGUGGUACAAACUUCGGACUGUGCUAAACAAGCGCAUGCUGCACCCCAAAGACUCUGUGAAGUAUGGAGAUGUGAUCAACGAGGUGGUUGACGACCUAAUCAAGAGGAUCUACCACCUGCGCCGGUCCAGCCCCACAGGAGAUCUAGUGACCAACCUAUCCAAUGAGCUCUAUCGAUUUUCUCUGGAGGGAAUCUCUUCCAUCCUCUUUGAGACACGUAUCGGGUGUCUUGAAGAAGAGAUCCCAUUGGAGACUCAGGACUUCAUAGACUCCAUUGCUCAGAUGUUCUCCUACAGCAUGCAUGUGGUCAUGUUGCCAAAGUGGAGCCGUAACCUUCUGCCAUUCCAUGGUCGCUACAUAUCUGGCUGGGAGGGCAUCUUCAAAUUUGCCAGGAAGAUGAUUGACAUGAAGAUGGAAGUAAUUCAGAGGCGUGUAGACACAGACCAGGAAGUUGAGGGAGAAUACUUAACAUACCUCCUCUCGAAUACCAAGAUGACCAGUAAAGACGUGUACGGCAGUGUGGCUGAGCUUUUAUUGGCUGGUGUGGACACAACAUCCAAUACGAUGAUGUGGACCAUGUACCUGCUGUCCAGGGACCCCGCUGUGCAGGAAACCCUAUAUCAGGAGGUGUCCCGUUGUGUGCCAGGAGACAAGAUCCCAUCUGCUCAAGACGUCAACCAAAUGCCUUACCUCAAGGCUGUUAUCAGGGAAGCACUGAGGAUGUACCCUGUGGUCCCCGUGAAUGCCCGUAUCAUGGUAGAGAAUGAUGUUAUCAUUGGCGGACAUUUCUUCCCCAAGAAGACUACCUUCACAAUGUGCCACUAUGCUGUCAGCCAGGAUGAGAAGACAUUUCCAGAGCCAUCAAAGUUCAAGCCGGAACGAUGGAUGAGGGAUGGCCGAGCUCGACCGAACCCUUUUGGCUCAAUCCCAUUUGGGUUUGGGGUUCGGGGCUGCGUAGGGCGCCGGAUAGCUGAACUGGAGAUGUACCUAGCUCUUUCACGGAUAAUCAAGCUGUUCGAGAUCCGACCAGACCCCAGCAUUGGAGAGGUGAAAGCCCUCAAUCGCACUGUCCUAGUAGCAGACAGAAAAGUAAAUUUGCACUUCCUGGAAAGAGCAGAAGAGAGAGCUGCCCUUUAAGUACUCAAAGCCAUGUGACAGACAUUUGUCACAAAGCAGCCAUGAUAAAUAGGCCUUCCAUGCCUAUCAGCGAAUGUACAUUUGUCUGAGCAUUUGCGCAUCAUAAUCUGCAUACGUAUUUAUUCUCUAUGUGCUCUUUUUUGGAAUACGUUACUUACAGAACAUCUUCGCAAAAUGUUCUUGCUAACUUACCUGCCGUGGAAUUCCUUCAUGUUUUUCCUCAUGAAACAAUCUGAUUGAUGUGAUAAUGUAGCACAUGCUGUAUGUGUCAUAUCCGACAGUCAUAUAUGGCCUGAGAAAGCCUGUGAACGCAAUAUAUUCAAAAGUAGUGUUCUAAUUCAGACAUUAUGACAAAUAGCAGUAUACAGACUAAGCAGUGGCCUAGUGUUAUUUCUAACUAAAUUCAGUGGACCGGCCCAUGCAGAACAAAUAAGCACACCGUUAAGCUUUGAUAACUGGCUACUGUGUGUCUGCCAAGACUUUGAACUGUAGCAUAUGCCAACUUUGUAAAAAGAACAUAUAAAAAGAGGAGAAAAUACAUGUUCAGAAAUUGAUGCACUUGUGUGGAACAGUAUGGAUCUUCAGCAAAAUUGCUACACAGAAAAGAUGGAUCUGCAGUCAUUACAUAAGGAGAAAUCUACAAAAUGAGUGCCUUUUGCAUACCAUACCUUUAAUAUUUUAAGUGAAGUGGGAGCUUUUUUCAUAUUGUAAGAAAAAUAAAAUUGUCUUUUUAAAAUUGAUUUCAAAAGCCUGUCAUAUUAAAGUGCUCUUUAAAACAGA